GGUUCGGUUCCGCAGACCGCGAGAACCAACAAUGGCAAUUUGGGGUGCGGUCGUAGGGAGACUCAAGGAUCGGAUGGAGAAGUAAGCAUUAGAGGCCCCUGUGCGCCUCAAAUCUUGGAGCUUCAUUCCCCAAGCAUCGCGCGAUUUCCUGACGUCAGAGCCCCCCCCCCCCCCAAGUCUCCUCCGCCCCCGGUCCCCAUUACGCUCGGCAGCGGACUUUCGCACGGCAGAACCUGGGGGGAGGUGUGGCGACCUUGUUUGCCGAGCUGACGGAAAGGAAAGUGGGCUCCGCGGAAGGCACAGUUGACUAAAGUGCACUUACAAGAAGAGCCAUUCAUUGGUUUUGCACCCAACCUGAUGGGGCGUCAGUUGUCUAAGGUGGCACCAAAGGGGUGUUGGUGUCACAUACAGAAGUAAGACCGUUACUAGACCAAAUGAUGAUGAGAGAGCUGAAGACAAAUGUAUGCUUGAGCCCCCGCAGGGGGGCUGUGUGGGAGACAAAGGAAUCUGCGGACCACAACGCCAGUCAGAUUAAGAAAUCCUGUUCACAAACAGAAAGUCUUCGUCCUGAGAGUGCUCAUCAUCACUUCCGAAGCUUUUGUUACCAUGAAGCAACUGGACCACUAGAGACUGUCCACCAACUUCAGGAAUUGUGCUAUAAGUGGCUGAGACCAGAAAGCCACUCAAAAGAACAGAUCUUAGAACUACUGGUGCUAGAGCAGUUCCUGGCCAUUCUGCCCAAGGAGACGCAGACCUGGGUGCAGAAGCACCAUCCACAGAGUAUCAGACAGGCCGUGGAUCUGGUGGAGCGCCUGCAGAGAGAGCCCGGUGGAUCCCAGAAUGGGAGUUUGCCGACGUUUGAAGAUGUGGCUGUGUAUUUUACUGAGGACGAAUGGCAAUUACUAGAACCUUCCCAGAAGAACCUCUACAAUGAUGUAAUGCAGGAAAACUAUGAGAAUGUCACCUUUCUAGGGUUAAAGCUCAAAAAAAACACUGGAAAUGAUCAGCCUAAAUCUGUUACUGCAUCAGAAUUACAAGCACCAAAGAAGACAAGAGCGAAAGUUGCCCAGAAAACAGCAGGCAAGGAAAAGCAUGAUGACACACACAUUGUACAGACACAGGGUCAAGAUUUUGCAAGGAAGAAAAGAAAGAGAGUUUCAACUUGUGAACAAGAGGUUGCAAAACGUCACAAGAGAAGCCACACAGGAGAGAAGCCUUUUAAGUGUCAGGAAUGUGGGAAUAGCUUCAGAGUUAGCUCUGACCUUAUUAAACAUCAGAGAGUUCAUACAGAAGAGAGGCCCUAUAAAUGUCAAUUGUGUGAUAGGCGCUUUAGAUGGAGUUCAGAUCUUAAUAAACACUUCCUGGCACAUCAAGGAAUAAAACCAUAUAGAUGUUCAUGGUGUGGGAAAAGUUUCAGUCAUAACACCAAUCUGCAUACACAUCAAAGGAUCCACACAGGAGAGAAACCUUUUAAGUGUCAUGAAUGUGGGAAAAGAUUCAUUCAGAAUUCCCACCUUGUUAAACACCAGAGAACCCACACAGGUGAGCAGCCUUAUACUUGUAGUAUGUGCAGGAGAAACUUUAGCAGGCGAUCAAGCCUUCUUAGACACCAGAAGCUCCACAGGAAUAGGGAAACACAACUUGUGUCCCCAGUCUGAGGAAAGUCAACAUACCAAGUGACAGAAGUGUAGCAACAUUAUGAGGUGCCCAAUAAUCAGAAUCUGUUAUUCCCAGAAAAUUUAGAAGAGGUAUAUGUCCUAUAUCAAAAAAGCAAUCUACAACACCUCUCUUGUUCACCAUUGUAUCUUCAGUGCCUGACAGAAGACUAACACAUAAUGGGUACUUUAUAAAUCAAAGGAGAAAGAUAUGAGUACCAGAUGUAUCUGUAGCUAUUUGUGUGUUUUUGUCUGAUUACUCAUAGUUUCCUCAUUCCCAGUGACAUAAAUUCUUCAAGUUAUCAGGUCCUCAGUAAAUGUAAGCUGGCUAUGAGUCCUGCUUUUAUUUUUCAUCCUCAAGAGAGAUGGUAAAUAAUAUUUCACACACAAACACACACCCCAAAGAAAAUUCAGAAUCCCUAAGCUUCGGA